AUGGACAUCCCCACCCAACUCCAGACCUCCCUCUCCACCACCACCACCCCCCUCCCCUCCCUCACCUGGCUGCAAACCCUCUGCACCCCGCGCACACCGACCACCCCCCUCCCCCCCUUAGCCUCCCUGCUCGCCACAGCGCGCACCCGCCUCCUCGCGAGCGACCUCACCACCCCAGGCCUGCUCGACGCGCGGUGGGCGUCCGCGCACGCCCUGCCGGCGAAUCUGGCCGCGACACACGCCGCGACGCGCGAGAGUAAGCUGGCGGCGGAUGUGGUGGUGCAGGUGCUGGAUUUGGAGGACGUCAGUCGGUCGCGGUGGGAGCAGGCGGAGGGGUUGGAGGCGCUGGCGAGGGGGGAGGGGACGAGGGGGAGGGAGGUUGUUAGGUUGCCGCCAGCGGGUGAUGGGGGGGACGGGCAGGACGGGGAGGGGGAUAGGGGGGAUGGAAAUGGGGGGGAUGGGGGCGGUGCUGGUCCGCAGCCGCAGGGUGCCGGUGGCAGCAGCAAGAAUAGCACGCAUAAGCUGGUGGUGCAGGACUGCAAGGGCCAGAAGGUCACCGCGAUCGAGCUGAAGCGGGUGGAGCGCCUGGCGGUGGGCAAGACGUUUAUCGGGGAGAAGAUCCUGCUGCGGGCGGGGACGGUGGUCGCGCGCGGUGUUGUGCUGCUGGACCCGGCGCAGUGCGUUGUGCUUGGUGGGAAGGUCGAGGCGUGGCAUCGGGCGUGGGUGGAUGGUCGGUUGGAGAGGCUGAGGGAGGCUGUCGGGGCGGAGAGGCGGGCAUAG